ACGGGGCGAAAAUAAAUUGAAAUGUGAGUUUUCCUCGUUCGCUGUCAGUGUUUUUCGGCCUGUUGGCAAAACGACGAAAUUCUGAUUGAAAUCGGUAUAUUUUGGUUCCGAAUAGUGCAUCCAACGAUAGAAUAUGAGUGCGCAGUCACAGAGAGCUUAGUAAUGGUCGGAACUUGGUGAUUUUUCGAGCCGAAAAGUGAAUUUUAUUUUCAGCAGAUUACUCAUUAAAAGAAAGGAGGAAAGAAAAGAUUCAUUGCUUUUGCAAUAAAGCAGACGGGGCGGUGUACGGUUGUGUGCGUAUGUGUGAGCAAAUUCGCUUUACACGAAUGUGUUGGAAUAGAUACAAAAGCAGUAAUUGACUGGGACUGUUUGUGGUGUUUUGCAAAGCGAUAUUCAUUACUGGCUAAUAUUUUUUUCUACUGUUUACUCAAACACGAAAUAUACCAACCAAACAGCCGGUAAAGACAUAACCAGAAUAUAAAAUGAUUCUCCGGAGUAAAGUCCAGCGUACCUCCAGAAUAAAUAUUAAUGAGUAAAUGUAAACUUCCAAGGGAUAUUUGUUCUGGAUUCUCACCUACAUCACUAUCAAAUACGCUGUUAUACUUUCCACCGCUGGCGGUUCCAGAAACAGCACUAUAGUAACGCGAGAGCACUAACGUGACGGCAGAUUUCCAGUUCAAUUUGUGAACACCUGAAAGCGAUCAGACGCGUUUUAUGAUAUACAUAUACACACAAAAACCAAGACCGGCAAGGAACCCGGAAGGCAUAAUACAGGAAGAAGUAUCUUUUAGUACAGACCCAAUAUAGUCAUUAGUCCAUAAGUAAGCUAAGACGCGUAGUCCAGUAGAAACAGCUGUUUGGCGAGCGAAGGAAUUUGCUGUCAUAUUAUUAAUCUCCGAUGGCAGGAAGCAUCAAACAAGAGGAUGUCUGCUACGUCGUAGCUAAGUACGAUUACGCCGCACAAGGUGCUCAAGAACUAGAUCUAAGAAAAAAUGAGCGUUAUCUGCUGCUUGACGAUAGCAAGCAUUGGUGGCGAGUUCAAAAUUCUCAUAACCAAUCCGGAUAUGUACCGAGCAAUUACGUUAAAAAGGAGAAGAAAUCAGUUUCCUUAUUCGACAGUUUUAAGAAGAAGGUGAAGAAGGGUUCCUCGGGCAGCAAAACGUUACCAAACUGUUCUCCUUCGCGACAGGUGGAUAGUCCAACAAUGAGUCGGAGAUUACCACCAGAUCCAUCGGAAGCGAUAGCCUCUACACCCAUAGGAACUGCCAUAGUAAAGUAUAACUACCAAGCGCAGCAACAGGAUGAACUGUCGCUUAUCAAAGGGACGCGAAUAUUAAUACUUGAAAAAUCAAAUGAUGGAUGGUGGCGCGGACAGAGCGGUUCCGCAACUGGAUGGUUUCCAAGUAAUUAUACGACAGAAGAAACCGAAGACGAUACCGUGCACACCUACGCAAUGGCUGAAAAUGUCCUCGACAUCGUUGUUGCAUUGUACUCGUUCAACUCGAACAACGAUACAGAGUUAUCAUUCGAGAAAGGCGAUCGAUUGGAAAUUCUGGAGCGGCCAGCUGCUGACCCCGAAUGGUAUAAAGCGCGAAACAGCAAUGGUCAAAUUGGGUUAGUUCCACGAAACUACCUCCAGGAGUUGUCGGAAUACCUUGCGCAACCAUAUCGAAGCAACAAUGGCAGCGGGCCAGAUUCCCUAGAUCGACGGCCCAACGAACAACCAUCGAACAAUAAUAAUUCUAAUUCAGCCAACAGCAACAACAACAACUCACAACUAGACAGACCACCCCUUACUGGCAAGAGCUGGUAUUACGGUGCUAUUACUCGAAGUCAAUGUGAUACGGUUCUGAACACCCACGGCCAUGACGGUGACUAUCUUAUCCGAGAUAGUGAAACAAACAUCGGCGACUAUUCGGUAUCUUUGAAGGCACCUGGGCGUAAUAAGCACUUUCGUGUGCACGUGGAAGGCAACAUGUACUGUAUUGGUCAACGAAAAUUCCACACAUUAGAUCAGCUAGUGGACCACUACCAAAGAGCACCUAUCUACACUAACAAACAGGGUGAAAAGUUGUAUUUGGUGCGACCCCUGCCGAAGGCGAACGGCACAUAAAACAGUCAGCUAAGUACGCGUUUUCUAUAUCCAUAUGAAAAGGCAACAAAAUCACACACCCACAUUACUUUAAGCUGUAAUAGUAAUAAAUUAAAGCAGAACAUAAAUAAUAACCUUUGAAAUGAUAUUUCAUGAAAAUGCCCCACUUAUUGAUAAUAAUUAAUCUUAUUUAUUAAAACAAAACUUUAUGCAAAAAAAGUCAUUGAAGAAGUGAUCUAAUGAAAUUGACAUUAAAACAUCGCUUAGGACAAACUAAAAGUGAAAAACCACAAUUAUAUACUCGAAGAGCAGAAUCAGACAAAAAUCUACUAACAUAAUGUAGAAGCAGAUGGAAAUGUGUUCGUAUGAAGAUGAUGGAGGCAGUUUAUUCUAGAACAUAAACGUCUUGUUGAACAGUGUGUGUGGAUCGAUCUUUUAGAACACUAUUCUUGACACGAUUCUAAUACGACUGAUUUCUGAUUUAAGUGAAAAUGAUGCGAUUAUGAUAGUUAAUAGUAUUGCUGAAAGUUCUAUUGAAAUAUGUUGCUUUCACGAGGUCAAUAGUUGAACCGCCACAAGAUUGUGUUUUAUUGUGUAUUUUUAUGUGUAUAUUGCUUGGAUUUUCAGUAGCUAUUCGUUCAUUUGUUGAACAAUUUGAGUCCAUUUCAUUGUUCUUUUUCUGCGUUUUACCAUCAUCUAUUCUGAGUAUUUCCAUUGUGUAGAGAAUUAAACCUGGCUUUGAAAAUUUGUUGCUUGUGUUCCCGGACAUUUUGGAUGCAUGCGCUUCAUUGGAUUUAUCAGAAGGACAAUCUUUGCAUCACUUAUGAUUCCUUAUAAAUUUCAUUUUCAAACCAACUCGUUCCAAUUGGUUAUGCAAUGUUAUUCGUGUAUUGUACAUGCAUUUCCAACAAGCCUCUUGCGAAGUUUCGAAGAGUUUUUCUAAUACAAUAGAAAAGAGUCAGAUAGGGGCGCAUUAUUCAUGCUUUCAUUUCAAUACAUGGAUCAAGUAUUUGGUGCGAAAUAACGUUUGCGCAUUGUUUAUGUGCUAUGGGAACAUGUUCACAUAUGCUUGUCGUCACGAAAUUCUUAACAUUGUUUCGGAGAAAUCACACUUUCUAUGUUUUUAGAUAGCUGAUGUUGAAUAGUGAAGUUGAAUGUGGAAGAAUGUGUUUUGUUUGGAUUCAAAAUUACCAGUAUCUAUCACGAGAAGUUUAUCGGCAUUGAAAUAUCCAUCUGAAAUCUGGGAAUAGUCAUAACUAAUGGAUAGACAUAUGUGGUAGACAAAGGCAAGCAGUUCUUUCGUAUAAAAAUGUGAAUGUAUUAGAAAAAUCAAAUUACAGGAAAACAAGCAACUGAAUUUGCUUUCCCAUGGUAGCCUUCUUUUGUAAGUUAUAUCGAAAAAUCAACAAUGAAUCAAAUUCAAUUGUAAUCUACAGUAGCAAAUAAUAAGAAAUACGAUUUGAAAUGAGUCUGAUUCUGAUAAUGGCUAUCCAUUAGUACAAUGUAACGUUGUCAUGUCAUGUCUACCAUAGCUUGCAUUGAACAGCAAAGGGAAAGUCUUGCACUCUUCAUUUUUUUGCUUGAUGAACCAUUUUUACCCCGAUGUAUUCGAUCAAUGAUUUACAUUUACAUUGCAUUUUUGUUUGUUUGUAAAAAGACACUUGAUUCGGAACAAAUUUGAAAUUCACCGUAACAACAAGUUUGUGUCAUCUGAAAAGAUACAAAUUGCAUUGUCAUUAUAGACAAUCGUUUGCUAUGUAAUGAACGGUGCAAAAUACUCCACAUGGACAAUUUUGCGUUGCUUCUAGGCUCGUCUAGGUCUAAAUAAGAAAUUUACGCUUUUCUAUUUUUUUUAAUGUGAAAUAAUACAGAGUGAAAAUUUUAAUCUUUUUCACGAUAAUUAAACAUGUCGAAUAUUACAGUUUUAUGAAUAUGGAUUAAAGGCAAGCUAGAAGAAAACGACAGCCCAUACCAAAUCGUAACUAUCGAUUAAGUCAGUCCAGAAGAAGCAACUGCAUCUAAGCGGAAUAUCAAUUACAAGCAAACAUAACAAACAUAAAUCUAUUGCAUAUACAAGCAAAACACAGACAUAUGCGUAAUCAUACAAUGAGCUGUAAACACUAAUUCAUCAUUCCGUAUUCGUAACGAACAACAAUUUAAAAUAAAAGCAUAUACUACAGUAAUAUACAUCGUCACAGAUAUAGCGCAGAUUGAGAUAAGUCAAAUCGAAACAUGCGGACAACCAAUGCUAGCGAAUACGAAAACGAAGAAUCUUAUUCAAUUAUCUUUAUGACGGAACAUGUCAAAGCUAUGAAUGAUAUUCGCCUGUAUAUUCAAUGUAGUGGAAAAUCAGAAUGACUACGGGAGCCGAGGACUCAGAUCGAAUGAGAAAUGGGAAUUUUUAAUGAACAAAAAAAAAUGUGAAAACGAAGCGAGUAGUUUCUUUUGUGGCAGUUUGGAAACAUUAGAAGAAGGAAUAGAGAGAACGAGAACGAGAAUGAGAGAGCCCGAAAGCUCUUAAGAGGAAAUAAAUAAUUCAUAGAAAUAUGAUCGAUGAAACGAUUUGUGAAUUAAAAAUAUGAAAAAUA